AUGAGGAGACUCUGCACAUCUCUCAGGCCUCUUCUGAUAUGUGGGAACAGGAGGGGGAAGGGGUGUGCAUGCCUGGGGGGGGAGGGGGAGCAGGUGAGGGAGAUUGAGGAGGGGGAUGAGGAGGGAGAGGGGGAGUGGGUGAACGAGGAGGGGGAGGAGGAGAACGCAUUCGAGGAGAAGAAGGGGGGCGAGACAGGGCUUCGGGGGAAGAUGGUGCUUGAGGAAGAGGAGGUGUUGGUGCCUGAGUGGAUUGGAGGGGGGCCAAGACACCUUGGAUGGCUAAGUUUCUCAGCACUGGAACAACUCCGGAUGCUCAAAGGCACGGUCAAACGUCAGUGGGCCGAGUUGCUGGAGGAUGUGUUCGGGAAGCCAAGGAGGCCAAAUGAAGGAUUGCAGUUGGCAAGCUGGGGAGACAGAGGGUGCAGGCUGAAGGACUGCUGUGUAGUCCCAGUCCCCAAGGAGGACUUGUGGUCUCCAGUCUUUAGGGAGAGCAAUCUGGUCUCCCCAGCUUGCCUGGAGUUGGCAUUGAAGAUUAUCAUGCAAGAGUUCAAUGGUGGGGAUACGGAGGUGGAGGAAGAGAUUCAAGCCUGGUGGGAUAACCGUGCCAAUGACAGCCACUGUCGAGCUCCAAACCUGGUAACCUCCUUAGGAGGACAGGGCUUGAAGGGGAGGAGGGAGGAGGGGAGGGGGAGAGGAGAGAAAGGGAGGUGUGGUGGUGGUGGUGGUGGUGGUGGUGGUGUUGGUGGUGGUGGUGGUGUUGGUGGUGGUGGGGGCAGCAGCAGCAGUGAUGCCUCUCAGGGACACUUAGUCUGCACCAAGCAAAGGCCAAAACUGCUCAGUCCCUUCUGGCACACUACCACUGUUGACCUCCUCCUCACCAACCUCCACUUCUUGUCCCUCACUGUGGGCCUCAGCAAUGCCCCUCUCCCUCAGCUACCUCAUUUGGCAGGACCCUCCCAGGAGGGUCAGCGGAUAGAGGUAUUGAGUGUUCUCCUGUGUUGGGAGCUAACUGUGAUGAGGGAAAGUACUUCAAGCCCUGGAGAAGACAGACUAUUGAUUUCAUUCACACAUAUGCCCUUUGUGACUUAUGAGAGUGGCCUUCACCACACGCCCUGUCUCCCCUCUGAAUAUGCCCCCAAGUUGCCAAGAGGGUUCCCAGAGCCUGUGAGGGUGGAGGAUACACCUUCCGGCAAACACCCUGCAAACUUUAUGGGCAAAUCCCAUAUUUUGAUCUUCAAGCUUGAGAAGCACUAUCUCAUGCAUUACACUGCGGAGCCUAGCCUUCUCAAGCAAGAAGCCAAAUGGAACCCAAAGAGCAUACCCCUUGGUCACGAGUACUACUCGACACCAGGGGUAUGGGAGAAAUCCCUGGCCAGUCAAGAGCUUGAAGAGCUCUUUGACAAUGCCAUACCCACCAUAAUCAAUGCUGGGUGGGCGCAGAUGCUCAUUGGCACCCACCAGCACCUCCUCCUCCUCUCUGUGUUUGAACUCAGCAACCUUCCCCCUUCCCAUCCCCUGCAGUGCCUAUACGACUUCAAGACACUGGAGAAGACUUGGGCAGUGCAUGCACAGGCCAAGCCCCUCCUCCGGGAGGAGGUCCUCAAGAAAGAUCCCAAGGCAAACUCACCUUGGAAGGACUUGAAUAAGUCCAAGGUCUGGAUUAAGAUGGAGCGCAAAUGCAUCCACAACCAGCACAUCGCUGCAGGGGGGGCUCCUUUCCCUUGGAAGAGGAACAAGAUCCACCCCUCUGCGAAGACAUGUGAGGAGCAGCAAUCUGCCAACACCACAAAUCCCCAGAUGCACUCUAAGAAGAAGGCCAACAAUGCCCUGGAACAACUGCAGGUUCAAAGCUGGAACUCUCAAAGAAGGGGGCAUCUCCUCAAAGGAGAAGAGCCCCCUGACCUCGACUAUCAAGGCCAGCAACUGCAAGCUGCACUGGAUACCAUGCGAUCAGAGAUAGCAGACUGUCUGCAGAAGCUCAGCAUGCAACCAUCCAUGCACCAGCCCCAGCAGCCCAAGCCAAAGCCCCAGCCCCAGCCCCUGCAACUGCAGCUCCAGGCCUUCAAAGAUGAGACCGAGCCCUAUAUAUGGGACUCAGUGUCUGACUAUAUGGCAUUGAACAAACUGCAUCCCAUGUCUUGCAAGCUUGGAUCAAGAUGCUGGACUGAUGAGGAUUGGGAGAAGGUGGAGAAGAUGUGGAGGCAGUGGAUGGAGGAGUUCACCUGCCCUGCUCCUCCUGUUCUCAACUGCCCCCUCUCUCCACUCUGGGGGAUCACUCAAUCUGAGCACUGUAAGAUCAUUAUGGUGAAGUGCCAGGGAGCAGCUGUGGUUGAGAAAAGACCUUCCUGGGAAGGUCUGGUCAUCCAAAUGUAUCCUCCAAUAUCACUUCACCCUCCAAAUCCAUCAAGUCCAUUGCAUCUCUCACGCGUGCCAAUCAAGGAGAUUAUCUCUGCAACAAAUGACAUCGAAAUGUCUAUUACCAUCACCAUAGAGCUCCCCAAUGCUCCGUAUCUUGUUGCCACUGCCUCCCUUGGGGUGUUCCUCACCCUAGCCUUCUGGGUCUUUGCUGCCAGCCAUGGAGGAGUUUGCAGCAGCAUUGGAGCUGCUGUGGGUUAUAUAUGGAGCAUGUUUAAGAUGAUUUGGGUGUGGACCUCUCUGCAGGCCAUUGCCCAAUUCGUCAAAGAUUUUGCUGCCCUUUUGGAUGCCCUCAAGCCCAUGCUUGAUGCUCUCACAAUCAUCCUGGAGAAAAUGCAUGUGGUGGAGGAGUGGGGGAGGGUAUUGGGAGUGGGAGGAGUAGGAGGAGUAGGAGCUGGAGUGUGA